GGACUCUGUCGUCGGUCGUUUUCACAAGAAGCUUGCUUCCUCAACUCAUUUCACCAAGUCGAACCAAAACAAGAUACCCAUAAAUUCGCACCCGUCGUUGAAUCAUACCCCAACCACCAUAUCCUCCACCAUCAUGUUCUCCUCCAUCGCCAUCGGCUUGUCCCUCGCCGCCGCCGCCUCCGCGGUAGGCAUCUCCGUCACUCCCCACGACAAAUACUCGUCCUCAGUCGGCGUCCUAGGCUGCCACAUCAACACCAACCGCGUCGCCUACUUCCCCGAGUUCCCCUCGUGCGGAUCUGUCUGCGUCGAGGUCUCCGCCAACGGCCGCACCGUGCACCUCCUGCACAUCGACCAGUCCGGCGGCGCCUACGACAUCUCCUAUGACGCCUGGAACUACCUCGUUACCGGCCAAAGCGCGGCUGAAAAUCCCACCAUGGGCGGUGGUAUCCCGGCUGAGUACACUCGAGUCGGCAUGGACAAGUGCCAGGACCUCAUCAAGACGCCCUCCGGCAAACUACCCCUGAUGGCCGCCAACUCCAUCGGGUACUACGUCGGUUGCGGAGAGAACAGCUGGAUCGGGCAGAACUCUGCUCUCUACAACAUCCAGAACUGCGCGUGCACCUUCGGCUUCAACGAGGUCUGCCAUCUGGAUCUUGCCGUCAGCAACCAGCCCAGCUGCCCGCACCUCCUUGGCUCAACCAACCGGCUCAGCGGCCUUCCCGUGACGGACAUUGCCUACGGCACUGGCGUCGAGACGGCCCAGAUCCAGUAGAUGACAUGCGCUACCAGGCCGGACCUGGACAAUUUUGGACGAGGGAAGAACCCAGAUGAUAUUAUGGUGAAGGAAAAAGAAAAUCGACUUUACGCUAUGAUACGCUACGUCAUACAUUAGCUUCUCCCACCCUUGUUUUGUUCGCUGCUGCGCCCACCCUUGACUUUGGAGAGCACGCGUGUGGGCUUUACGACAUUCGCUUCUACGAAUUGAGAGGGCCUGGACUAUCGGCUUCGGCCUCGACGGUCUACUUCUGUAUAUAGAUUUUCGCUCCCGGUGGGUGGUGGGGAAUCACCAUCGCUGGGUCCAUGUUGGGAAUACACCU